CGGAUAAACAACACGCCGUGCAUUCGGAUAAACGCGGAGUGUUUUCGGUUUUCGUGACCGUCGUGCUCUUUCGCGGCCUGCUCUGGCGAGUGUGCAUUUGUGUGAUUUCAAAGUGCGUGGUUUUUAGCGGUUCCGUUUGUGUGUUGGAAGCAAAUAGAAGAAGCGCGUCUGUUGGGCCGAGAAGUCGGAAGUUGCUGGGCGCAGUGGUAGAGUGUCGUCAUUGGAAGAGUGUGCGUGGCCUACUUGGCGGAAACGGUUCAAUCCUAGAAGCCACAGCAGGAAGCAUCCAUUUCCUCAACGGCCUACGGAGGAAAAAGACGUUGAGUGGUUUGCACUCGAUAAAUCAUCGCCAUUCUUCUGGACGGACUGCGACGGAUCCAACAUGAGCUACAUCAACGCACUAUCGAUAUUAACUGUACUGAUAUGCCUAAACCUUCGCGCGCUGCCGGCUGCCGAGGCCAGGAAGUGCUACGUUUGUGGCGAAGGAGCCGACGCUCCGUUCAAAAGCCUGCCCACUGUCCCCAUCGUCGAGGGCACCUGCGAGGGUUUCCGGCCGGAAGAGAAGUACGCCUACGACUGCCCCCCGACGUACACGAGCUGCUUGACGCAGGUUGACGGCGACAUCGAGAUGCGGACGUGCGGUGAGAACUUGGCCAUCAACGACUGCAAGAGUGCCAACGGUAUCGACUACUGCUACUGCAGCACGGAGCUGUGCAACCGGUUGACCCGUCCCGAGAUCCGCCGCUCGAUCGCCGCCACGCUAAUGCACGCGCAGCAACACAACCACAACCGGCCCAGUGGCCACCAUCACCACUCGCAGGAGCACCACCUGCAGCAGCCCAACAACAGUGACGACGAGGACAUGCUCGAAUCGUCGGGAAUGGACAGUGAGCGGAGUGAACUUUCGCACCCCGACCGCACGCUGAACGUACACCGGGACGUUACGACACAAAUUACCAUUACCCUCAAACCGGUGGCCAAUUCGGAGAAGCGCAACGGAAAAGAUGCCGCCGGCGGAUCAACCACCAAUGGGACUACCGAUCGAAGCAGAGACAGCAAUGCCAUUCCAGCGGCCAGCAGCAGCAGCAGUACCACGAUCAUCAGGGGAUCCGGGGCCCUGAUCAUGCUGAUUAGUAGUUACAUUGUUUCGCUUCGAAAUGUGGCCUCGAUCGAUCAAUAUUGAGGUGCCACGGGUGUCAGAUUUUAAAUAUCCAUUCCAAGAAUGACAAGGCCCGGGUUUCGCGAACGGCCCGGAGAUGGCUCGAAACGACGACGAUCUGUGAUGCUUCUGGCGCGAUGUCGCUUUCGUCCGCCACAAGCCACCAAGCCCGUUGCCAUACCGUUAGCCGAAAGAGAGAGGAGAGAGAAAGAGAAUGCAGAGGCGCAUUUUGAAUGCCGAUCCCGUUCGAUACGAUCAGAAGUCAGAAGACGCUGAUCCAGUCUAGUCCGCGUAAGUGUCGCGAAAUGAGUUUACCACCGCAACAGAGCGCAGCGGAUCUCCGAUUUGUACAUAGGCAUUGUAUAUAGAUCACCUUUGCUCACCGAUCCGCUCGAGCAUCGCCCGGAAUCGAAAAAUAACUAAAUAGUGCUAUGCUCAAGAUGACCCCCAGCUGUGUCCUGUCCAAUGGCCCUUCCGGGAACUGAGUAGCGUGGUCCUGAGAUUCAAAGACAACCCCCCGCUAGGAUAUAUUGUUGUAACGUGUUCCGCCAAAUGAGGGCGCUAUCGGGCUGCUUCCCUUCGAGUUAAGAUAGUAGAAAGCUAGAUUAGGUUACGUGUUGUCCUACCAGCAAUCCUGCGGUCGCGAUUGAUAGGCCCCGUAUCAACGAGGCGCAAGUAGUUCGCGUUUAAUGGCUUACGGAUAUCGAUUAAAGAGAGAGAGAGUCCGCGAGAGGGAGAGACAGAGAGUAAAAACACAAAAUAUGUAAGCAAAUCGAAGCGUUAAGCAAGUUUUCCUUCCCUAAUAAAAUUAGGCACGACCACCACCAGUAUUCGAGUUCCGAAUUACUUCCCAAGGCCCUAGGAUUAUACGCAAUGUAAACGUAAAUAGAGAACGAGGACCGAAACUGAGCUUAGAUGCGCGUGUGUGACUGUGUCACGGAAAAGGGCCAACAAAACUCCCGCCACUCCCGUGAAGAGAAAGUAUUGCAAAAUUAUCAAUAAACCUCGA